AUGAUAGUUCGUCAGAAUGGUCUCACAGUCACUUAUCCUAAUAUAAAACUGAAAAUGGCUGAAAUCUUGGAUGAGAGUGCUAAAAAAAUGAAGGAUAGUUCUAAGAAGCUUGCAAUUAAUCAGUUCAAGUUUUCAACAUCUCAUAUUAUAGAUCAGGCUAAGGCUGAAUUUUGUUCAGGAAAUACAGAUUUGGCUAUUAUUCCUGGGGGCCUUACUA